UGCUGCCCUGGGAGGGGACUGAAGAAGACACCUAGCAAAGACUGGGCAGGGAAGGGAGUCAGCGGAGAACAAGAGGUGUGCGGGGUCCCCUGGCCUUCGGCGGCCACACAGGAAGAUGGAGGCCCACAAUGUGACUGCCCCACUCAACUUCACUCUCCCACCCAACUUCGGCAAGCGCCCCACCGACAAGGCACUGAGCGUCACCCUGGUGUUCUUGCUGCUCAUUAUCAUGCUCUCGCUGGGCUGCACCAUGGAAUUUGGCAAGAUCAAGGCUCACUUCUGGAAGCCCAAGGGGCUGGCCAUCGCCCUGAUCGCGCAGUACGGCAUCAUGCCCCUCACUGCCUUCAUUCUGGGCAAGGUCUUCCAGCUAAACAACAUUGAGGCACUGGCCAUCCUCGUCUGUGGCUGCUCCCCGGGCGGUACCCUGUCCAACAUCUUCAGUCUGGCCGUGAAGGGGGACAUGAACCUCAGCAUCGUGAUGACCACCUGCUCCACCUUCUUUGCCCUGGGCUUGAUGCCCUUCCUCCUGUAUGUCUACUCCAGGGGAAUCUAUGAUGGGGAUCUGAAGAGCAAGAUACCCUAUGGAAGCAUUGUGAUAUCACUAAUGCUGAUUCUCAUUCCCUGCACCAUUGGGAUCUUCCUCAGUGCCAAACGGCCACAAUAUGUACGCUAUGUCAACAAGGGGGGGACGAUCAUCAUGCUUUUGUUAAGCGUGGCCGUCAUAGCACUCUCUGUCAUCAAUGUGGGCAACAGUAUCACGUUUGUCCUGACACCACACUUGCUGGCCACCUCCUCCCUGAUGCCUUUCGUCGGCUUCCUGCUGGGCUACAUCCUCUCUAUGCUUUUCCGACUCAGUGCACAGUGCAGCCGCACUGUCAGCAUGGAAACCGGAUGCCAAAACGUUCAGCUUUGUUCCACCAUUCUCAAUGUGACAUUCCCCCCUGAAGACAUUGGACCGCUCUUUUUCUUCCCUCUCCUCUACAUGAUUUUCCAGCUUGGAGAAGGGGUUCUUCUCAUCUUCAUUUUUCGGUGCUAUGAGAAAAUCAAGCCUUCCAAGGAUAAAACAAAAAUGACCUACACAGCUGCUGCAACUGAAGAAACCAUUCCAGGAACUCUAGGAAAUGGCACCCACAAAGGGGAGGAGUACUCCCCUUGCACAGCCUAGCCUUCCCCCAGUGGCCUGGAUUCUGGUCAGAGGGCAAUUCAGUGCGACCAACUAGAGAGCAAAAGAUGAAAGAACCAGAGCCGUGAGUCGAGUUUCUUGAGCAUUGCCAGCAGGAACUAUCAGAACUGACAAACCGGGCGCCUGGGUGGCUCAGUUGGUUAAGCGACUGCCUUCGGCUCAGGUCAUGAUCCUGGAGUCCUGGGAUCGAGUCCCACAUCGGGCUCCCAGCUCAGCGGGGAGCCUGCUUCUCCCUCUGACGUUCUCCCCUCUCAUGCUGUUUCUCUCUCUCUCUCUCAAAUAAAAAUAAAAUAAAUAAAAUCUUUAAAAAAAAAAAAAAAAAGAACUGACAAACCUUGCCUGAAGGGAGGACAGUCUACCUGAAGAGCCUCACCUAUCCCCAGCUCAGUUGAUACUUGUUUAAAAAAUAAAAGACUUGUUCAAGGACAGCCCUAUGAAAACAGAAACCAAAACUGCCUUUUGUCCCUGAAUUUCCAGAACAGUGUUCCAUAGGCACAUAAGAGGCACUCAGCUUCUGAACUAGCCAAUAAAUAGGGGCUUUUACCUUAAAAUCAACUACCCAAAUCCUAUUCCAACCUUUGUGACAGAGAAGGGGAAAUAAAUGCUCAGAGAGCUGCCAGAUUUUAAACUUCCAAAGUCCUUUACUAACCUUAAAAUUCCCUUGACAUUUCUAUACACACACACACUGGAAUAUUAUGCAGCCAUCAAAAGGAAUGAGAUCUUGCCAUUUGCAACAACAUGGAUGGAACUGGAGGGUGUUACGCUGAGUGAAG